CACGGAGGCCUUGGGGAUGUCCUUAGGGCUGAAGGGACUUUCCCCUAGAAUGGGGGAGGGGCUGGGCCUCUGGGGCCCUGAAGAAGGUUCUGGCUUAGGGGAUGGGGGGAGGGGAUCUACCUUUUCAUUUGAGUGGUGGCUGCACGGGAGCAGGUACAUUUCCUGGGGCAGAAAUUUAGGGAUGCUGAAGAGAAUCUUGCCAGAUGAAGAGACCUUCUACGGUAGCUGUCCUGGGAACCACAUUUUCUGGUGAGACCUUCUCUACAGGACUAAUCUCUUGGAAUUACUGUUCUAAACAAGAUGAGUCAUCCCUGUGUGUCAUUUUUAGCUCCGCCUGCUCCCCAAGGUCUUGCCCUUCCCCAAGACGGAGCCCCAGGAAACCAGGUCCUGGCAGUCCCUCUUGAGAUGCCGGAGGCCCAGGAUUUGGUGUCAUUUGAUAUUGUACCGUGGCACCUCACAGAACAGGAGUGGCUAAGUCUGAGUUUGAUCCCAGAGCAGCAGGCACUGGCAUAUUCCAGGGCUGUGACCUCCAUUGGAGUUCCUGUUGUGAGUCCUGCUUUGGUAUCUCACCUGUCACCAGGACAAGUUCUGUUGAUAUCUGAUCCAUCCCUCAACACAGAUCACAGUAAGCACCCUGAAAGCACCUCUGCGACUUCCCACCAGAAGAUGGGUGAAGAAGUCCAGCUGCAAGAGAUGGCGUCCACGAGUUCCCCGAGGGCCAAUGACCCCAGCGCUGAGGUCAAACAGAAUGGGGACUCUGGGGGAAGGGGAGGGAGCCCACAAAAUCUGCCCAUAGAACACCAUUUUGCAUGUAAAGAGUGUGGGGACACCUUCCGCCUUAAAGUGCUCCUUGUUCAGCACCAGAGGGUUCACAGUGAGGAGAAGGGCUGGGAGUGUGGCGAUUGCAGGAAGGUCUUCAGGGGGCUGUCAGAAUUUAAUGAGCACAGGAAGAGCCACGCAGCUGUGGCCACUCAGCCCCGGCCUGACCCCAGUAGGGGUCUGGAAGAUGCCUUGGAAAAGAGGGAGCAAAUGGAGAGGGAGGCGAAGCCCUUUGAGUGUGAGGAGUGCGGGAAAAGGUUUAAGAAGAACGCAGGCCUUAGUCAGCACCUGAGGGUGCACAGCAGAGAGAAGCCCUUUGAUUGUGAGGAGUGUGGGCAGUCCUUCAAAGCCAACACCCACCUCUUUCGACAUCAGAAGCUUCACACUUCGGAAAAGCCCUUUGCGUGCAAGGCGUGCAGCAGGGAUUUCCUGGACCGCCAGGAACUUCUCAAGCACCAGCGGAUGCACACAGGCCACCUGCCCUUCGACUGCGAUGACUGCGGCAAGUCCUUCCGUGGUGUCAACGGCCUGGCAGAGCACCAGCGCAUCCACAGCGGCGCCAAACCCUACGGGUGUCCUCACUGCGGCAAGCUGUUCCGGAGGAGCUCAGAGCUCACCAAGCACCGAAGGAUCCACACCGGUGAGAAGCCCUAUGAGUGCAACCAGUGCGGCAAGGCUUUCCGCCAGAGCUCCAGCCUGCUGGAGCACACACGCAUCCAUAGUGGUGAGCGACCUUAUGCAUGUGGCGACUGCGGCAAGGCUUUCCGAGGGCCUUCUGACCUCAUCAAGCACAGGCGCAUCCACAGCGGACUGAAACCCUAUGAGUGCGACAAGUGUGGCAAGGCCUUCAGGAGGAGCUCAGGCCUGACCCGCCACCGUCGGAUCCACAGUGGGGUCAAGCACUGUGAGUGCAGUGAGUGUGGCCGCGUGUUCAAGAGGCGCUCAGCCCUGCAGAAACACCAGCCCUCCCAUCACGAGUAAACACUGCCCUAGGACCCAUAGCAGGUGUCUGCAGAGGCUAUGGCUCAGUCAAAGGAGAUGAACAGUUCUGUAGCCCUUAUCUACUUUAUUUUGUGAGGUUGAAAUGAUUUAUACUGCUACCAGCAAUUUAUAAAUAUCAAUGUUUCCCAGUACACCUAUUGAGAGUAACAUUUACCAUUUGAACAUAGCUUGGCUAUUUUUCCUGGCAGAGAGUACCAUCAAUCUUCACAUCUAGAAAGAAAACAAAAAUCUGCAAAUGGGGGUCUAGUAUGGAACUGGGAGGGCCUUUCCAAGCUCUAUUCCUGAGGGAAAUGUAGCAUUGUUCAGUGGCAUCAAUAUGAAAGGAAAAUUGCCCCAAGGUUUUGGCCUACUUGAAUUUAAUUUUAGGGAUGUAAAUAGAAUGCUCAAAUGCCAUAAUAUUUAAUUUAUUAAUUUAGUAAUACAUAUACAUUUUAAAUCACAUUAUAUGAAAUAAUAUAUUAAUUUAGAGAAUACUUCUUUGUCACCAUACUCCCUUUGUUUCUAACACUUGAUGUGCAUUUUUGACCUCACCAACAUGGAAGUCUGUUUGAGUGAUCUGAGCUAUGGUAGCACUGUGACAAUCCUUUUGUGAGUUUCUCACCAGAAGUCUCCUCCCAAGCCAUAACAACAUAAUAUUAGUACUAUUCUUUGUGUGUUUUUAAAUUAGCACUGUACCUACAACAUUACCACUUAAAGUGGUGAUUUUUCAAACAUCACUCUUGGGUCAUACUCCUAGUAAAACUUACUGGGAUGAAGAUAACCCUAUGAACACCCCAAACAAACAUCAGUUGGGGUUCGUCCUCACACAGUAUCAUUUUGUUCAAAAGAAAGUGAGAGAGCACCCCCAAAUGAAAGGGACAUCUUCAGACAUAAAGGUAAAAUGACACCUCCUCCUUGGAAGAUCCUUGCAACACUCCCUCCAUUUGCAGCUUUGAAGUGGGGAGUAGUUGUAAUCCCUACCUCCUAAGGUUCUCCUAAGGAGUGUACCUUGCAUGCAAGGAUACUACCUGGCUGGCAAGGAGGUGUAUGUAUUCAGUGAAGGUCACUUGUUGUCAUCCCAUAGCUCAUUAGCACCAGAAACAGGGAUGGACCCCUCAGGCCUCCUGACUGCUAGUCUCAUCUUUCAUGCAAUGACUUCAAUAGUAUUUCUGUUUUCUUGCAUGCAAAUUAUUUGUUCAUCUCCUUUGACUAGUUAUCAAGUUACCUUGGAUAUAUUGACUUUAUAUAGUAGUUCUUUCUAUAUCAAUUGUGAUGUUAUUUUCUAAUUUUUAUUGCUUUGGUUUUUUUUGUACUUUAUUACAUUUUUGUUGUGUAAGUUUUAGAUUUUUUUUACAUAUCCUUGAAUUCUUUUUUGUGUGUUAACCUGUGACUUUAAUUGCUUCAGUACUUACAUGUGAUGAUGUUUUCUUUGAGAAUUUAUUUACAGAAGAAAAGUUAAAUCGACUGCCCACCAAAAAAGUAUACAAGGUGGGCAGGUUGGAUGAGGGUGGGCCACAGAAGCAAGCCUGAGCCACAUCCAAGAUGCAGACUCUCUGUGGGCAGCACUUGACUAUACAACCUGGCCACUGAGGCACACUAGAGACAUGUCUGUCACACAUUGCUCAGAGCACUCUGUGACUGCUCAUCAGUAUAGCCCCAGCCACCAGCAACAGGGCUCAGCUUCACCUAGACCAACAGAAUGGUCCCAAUGUGGCAACAGCUAGCCAUCCUUCAAGCUGUCGGGAGCCUUGACUAUUUUGGAUUCACUGACUGAGCAGCAGCUCCAUCUAAGAAACAUCUCAGACACAGAAGACUGACCUGACUGGUAAUGUUGUAUAACCUUCAUUCUCCUCCCAACAAGUGACUCUGGAAUGAGAGAACUUUGUGGUUUCUGCUUUGGGCAACUAGAUUGAGAAAUUUGCCCAUGUGUUCUGGCGUCAUUUCCUACCCUCACAUCUGAGAGGGGUGACAUAUAUGCCUGGAGAGAAAUGGAGCUGUGUUGUUCUUUCAGUAGCCUGCAUGCCGUGCCACAAAAGCUGGUUGCACCAGGUCUGGUCUAGGACUUGGAGUAGCCAUGCCCAAGAGGGCAAUAAAACAAGAUCAGAGGACAGGAAGCAACCUGACGUUCAUGUGGCACAGAAAUUGAAACUGAUCACACUGCAGUUGGGACAUUGCUCCAGGCAAGCCCCAUCAGGAGAAAUAGCAGAUAAAGAAGGUGGUCACAUCACGGCUGUGUCCUGAGUUUCCAGUUGUGCCCUGAGGAAUGUUGUAGGGUCAGAAAAUGUGCCCUUAUGGCCCCCUACUUAGGGAGAUUGGGCUCUCUAUGGGGCAUAGCCUGAAAGGGCUUUCAGCCCCAUCCUGGAAAGCAAGAUCUAACUGUCAAUGACCUCUGAUCUUGGUUAGAAGGGCCUCUCGAAAGCCCCAGGCCACCACAGUGGCCCCGUAGGCCUUCUCUGUGCUGGAGAGAAGCCAAUAACGGUUGCUACAUAGCAAUUCCUGUUGCUCUGUGGGCUCAGUUCUGGUGGUUUCUUGUGAACCGGUCUGAACCCACUUCUUUCUCUAAUUACUUUUCUCAUUGUGAGCUGUUAGGACAUGUUUUGUACAGCUAUUAUUGGGUAAGGAAUGUUGACAUCCACAAGGGAGCAAAUAUGGCACCUUUACCUUGAAAGAAUGCCAUUUCUUGCUCAGUCACUCAUCAAUUGUCAGGGCUGACAAAAGAUAUUACUGAAGUCUAGAAUAACACUAAUUUGGAAGGUAACAGAGUGAGUAGUCACUGCCUAGCUAGGGCAUGGCAUCUCUUCCCAUCCCUUCCUCCCCUCUUUUACCCUCUUCUAGUUUGGGUUCUGUAAUUUUUUUCUCUUGAACAAAUCCUUUUUCAGAGUUAACACUAAAAAUCGGUGUCUUUUCCAUGACUUGCCAGAUCAGCUUUUAAAUGGUGUUGGCAGUGAAAUCCCCACUCCAAAUGCAGUCAGUGUUGUGGCUUUAACAUGUGGCUUAUAGUUGCAUCCUUUGCCUUGGGGAAUGUAGGGGUGGAUUUCCUUGGAUCCUCUAGGUGUACUUCUGUGUCCAAUGCAAACGUGAACAAGCUUCUUGCAGUGUGUGCUUGUCUAUGCAUUUGUGUAUCUACCUCAUUACACUUUUCUUUCUAAUCACAUAUAUUCUUAUUGCAAGGGAAUGGAGAGCAGCUGGAUUACAUAAAAUUCUGGCUCUCUAUAGAGAUCCAUCCCUUUACCAUAUUAAGAAAGAAAUCCUCUGUGGGUUUUAUUAGAGUUUUUGAAUACUUGCU